AUAUGUCUUUGUAGAGUCGUUUAGUGCGCAGGGUCAAAAGCAACGGUCAUUCGCUUGCGCAGACGGCUGAUUGUUUUUUUUGGAUCUUGGGAGAAGUUCUUGUUCUGUUGACGAGUGGCACAGUGAAGCAAGCGUACAUACGCGAUGGCUACAUCAAGUGACGAUGAUGAAGGCAGCCAGGCCAAUCUUGACCAAUACCCAGCAGUGCUCGUCUCCGGCUUCGACCAGCUACUACCAUCGGUGACGCAAUACGCAUUGGAAUCGAGCAUCGAGUCCAGGCUGCGCAAGAAGCUUGGUGGACAAAUGGUCGGAAUCCAAUGGCUACAGGAUGCGACUCCACCAGCUUUCAGGGUGGCUCUCAAACACAUACAAGACGUGGAGAAAGUCUUGUCAUGGAAGGGUCUGAAGGUCAAGCUGGAACCACAGGGCAGCUCCGCAAGUGCAAAGUACAUCCAACCCAUCCUGGACGUGACCCCAGAGGUAUCCGACGGAUGCGCGCUUGCACUGAGUCCAGGCUUCCUAAGUGCAAUAUCUGUGACGACGCAUUCCCUGAGCGCUGCGUGCAAGCAGUCCGGUACGACACUGUCACGUGAUGGGAAGCGCAUCAUCGCCCAAGCUCCCGACAAACUGGUCCUGUUCCAGGAUACAGUGAUGAGAAUGCUGGGCUACGUGAAGCCCAAUGCGCUUGCCGCGGCUCAGACGGUCACCAAUGGCAGCGGCAGUGAUGCAGUGAGAUCUGAUAUAGAGCACAGCGCUGGAUCUGCUCUAACAAAUGGCCGUUCGCAGCCGGCUGACAGCAAAGCAGCGCCGGGUGGGGACAAUGCCAAGCCCGAUGUCAUCACAGUCGAGCCACGCCCGUGGCCCUCGGAUAAACCUUCCCCAGUACGCAGUCAUCCAGAGAAACAUCCGGAAGCUCAGCCGGGAAACGAGCCCGUGCCAAGUUCCGGGAAUCAACACAAGCCUUCUGUGAGUGGUACAAGUUCGGUGGUACCUGGCUCAGCCCAGUACGGUGAUGAACAGCAGUGCUCAACAACAGACGUGCAAAACAAGCAAGGCUGUCAGGGAGGUACUAGGGAUGCUAACCCAAGUUCAGAUUUGCUAAGCAAGGAUGUGCUCGCAAGCUCCGGUGAAACUGCUGAUCAGGCCACUGCAGCUCACAGCACCCAGGCGAACUCAGCACAGCAACAAGGUCAGGUGACUCCAACAACCACUGCUGGGGUCACCGGCCUACUCACCACACCGCCACACAGCCAGGUGACCACCACACCGCCACACAGUCACGUGACCACCAUACCGUCACAUAAUCACGUGACCAUAACACCGCCACACAGUCAGGUAGCUACCGGUCAGCCGGACCAGCAUACAUCUAUUUACCCGCAACUGCCAGAAAGAGUCCUGGCACAGCCUGGCCAGGCUGGGGACACACCGACAGGCAAUAGCGCUGAGCCGGUUGCAGAUGCUGGAGAGCACAAAAUCGCUAGAGCUCAUGUCGAAUAUCAUUCGCUAACACCGGUUGCUCUGGAUUUCCUCAAGUCAUCCGCUGGAAAAGCGUAUGUUCAGCAUGCUCACUCGCAUCUCGGACUCCAGAUUGAUGUCUCAUCGCACAGAGAAGGUGCUGUGUUUAGUGCCAAGUCCAGCCAGGACAUAGCACAUUGGAUAUCUGAGUUGAAAUCCAGUGCCGCUGAACAUGCUGCCGCAACACCAUCAUCUACGUCUGCUUCAUUGUCCCAAGAAAGACCAGUGGCCAGAGUGAGAGAUAGUCGUCCAACACAGCAGCCUCAUGGUGGCACGGAGGUAAGAAGCAUUGUCAUGACACCGCUGCUGGCAGAGUUCUUGCACUCCACUCAAGGCAAUGACUUUAUCCAGGCAAUGGUCCAUCAGAACGCAGUGAGAAUUGCGCUGAGCCAAGACAGAUCAAGUGCAAUCGUUACUGGCAGUUCACUGCGUGUGGUUGACUACACGGUUGACCAACUCAACCUGACCAGUGCACAGUAUAAGCCAGAGCUUGAUGCUACUGGCAAUUCAAGGAGGCUCUCGGGCCAACGGAAGCAACUCGGUGCUUGCCAGGAGGACAUUGCACAGAAUCUUGCAGACAACACCGGCUUGGAACCCAGCCCAAGGCGCCACACGUCGGCACCCAAUUCUGCCAUGCCAGCAAACGAUGAUGGUGCAACUCGCAAGCACACCAGUAACUUUCAACGGCCUGCAUCUUCCACUCCACCCUUGCAUCAUUCCGAAGCAGUGACUGAUACCUCAGCAUACUCUGCAACAAACACAACCCAAGGAUCAGAACAGAAAAGAGAGAGAUGGGUUGAUGCUUCACCUGCCACCACAGCUUUCAUGAAAUCUGAUGAAGGCUGUGAGUUCAUGGACAAGCUUACUGAUGAAACUGGAGUGGAAUUUUAUCCUUCCCAAGCUGGCAAGGCUAGGCUGCUGGUAUGCGGAUCAUCAGAUCAGCUGCUAGACAAUGUCUUAGACAAGUUAAACACCCUUGCUCACAGCACUGCCACUGGACAGCCACCAGCCAAGAAGCCCACCCACGAGCAGCAUUCAGCAAGACAGCCACAACGUGCGAAUGAACGCAUAGACCAGGCUGCUGAUCAGCUGGAGAGUUCAGCAGCAUCACAACGGAGAGUUUCACCCGAAGUUGGCCAAGGACGUUUUGGUAUAACAAGAAACUCUCGGGGCCCCGAGCAUAGCGAAAGGCAGACAGGCGCAGCUGGUGCAACUACCAGAACAUCCUCGCACCCAGCAGCACGACCAGCUCCGAAGGUCCACGAGGAGGCGAUUUCAGGGCACGAAACUGUAUUGAAGUACAUGAAGGACGAAUACAAUUUGGAUGCGAUUGCCAAGCAGUACGGCUGUCAGCUAUCGUUCUCAUCAGACGGGUCACAGCUCAUUAUCAAAUCACAGUCUAAAACAGCCUUGCAGAAGUGUUUCGAAGCAGUGGAAGGUGUCAAGGAUAAUGUGGAAGAGCACAACAUGGCCCACUGGAGGAUACCAGCCGUCAUCCCAACCAGCAUGUACGACAGGCUGCUGGCAGAUGUAUCUAACAAGUUACCGAGUGUCAGCUGCUACAUAGAGAAGCGGAACUUUGUUGCAUUGGUUGCCAGUGGAAAGGAAGCGCAGUACAGAAGGAAGUAUGACAGCGUGAUUGAGCAUUGGAAGAAGAAUGGUAUAGCCGGUCCUGGAGAGAUCACAUUGCAAGAUCCACCGCCUCCAGGAUAUGAAACAGUGAUUGCACAAGAUGUUAUGCACACGUCAACCAGCAGCCGUGCCGCACGUGUUCCAACUGCUGGGUUGCAGAGUCGAUAUUCAAGAGAGCGUAGGCCAGAUCCUUCCCCAGUGUUGGAAGAGGCACAUCCGCAAGCUGCCUGGAAGAAGUCCACUCCCAGCACUCGCACCUAUCAGAAUGGUGCCACGCUAUCUAUCCAUCAGGGAGACAUCACAGGGCACGACGUCAAUAUCAUUGUGAGCGCCGCCAAUGGAAAGCUCGUGCCCGCAGGUGGCGUUGCUGGUGCAAUUGCACAUGCUGGCGGGACUGCUAUUGAGACGGACGCCAAAAGGAAGCUCAGAGCGAGCAAGAAGUCGACUUUACCCGCUGGCGACAUAAUGACCACCACAGCCGGACAGCUUCGCUGUCGCAAUGUCAUCCAUGCCAUUGGUCCGGAUUGUCGUGGAGAGAUCGGCCAGGGUGAGAACGAUAGGUUGCUUCGAUUGGCAGUUCUACACACUCUUCAAGAAGCAGCUCUUAAGCUGAAGGCCAAGUCCAUCGCAUUCCCGGCAAUCAGUUCUGGGACGUACGGCAUGGCACCAAGCAGAUGUGCACGAGUCAUGCUCAACACCAUGAAUGAUUUCUGUUCGCUUGACAGCACAGCCAGCCGUCCAGUAUUGACCGACAUCAGGAUUGUACUGUUUGAUUCUGGUCUCAUGGGAGCGUUCCAAGCUGCACUCGGCAAUCUUAAGCCACACACCACAAUGCCCCAUGUGCAACGCGGGCAAAGUGUAGAGGAAGAGGUCCCUCGGCACACGGACGGAGUGGAAGAGAUCCCCGGCGCUACACCAAGGCAUGUUGCACGUGGCAGAGCGGCACCAGGAUUACGCACGGCGUCAGCUGACAUUGACAGGUGUCCAUGCUGCAGGGAAGACCUGGAUACUCUUCCUCGGGUCACCACACUACCUUGUCAGCAUCAAGUGUGCAAGGAAUGCAUUACUGAACUCAAGAGGACUAGCAAUGAGAAGUGUCCCUUGUGCAGCAAAGCGUUUGGCAGUGUUGUAGGACCACAACCGGAAGGUGGGAAGAUGACGGUUGCUAAGAUGGAUACAUCACUUCCCGGUCAUUACGGAUGUGGAACGAUAAAAAUCACCUACACAAUACCUGCUGGAACGCAGACCUCUCGGCAUCCAAACCCAGGUUUCCCAUACCCAGCAGAUCGCAGGGACGCAUACCUACCAGAUAGCCCCAAAGGAGUAAAGGUCGCGAGGCUCCUUCGCAAGGCGUUCCAGGCGGGUGAGAUCUUCACAGUCGGACACUCGGCAACACGAGGUGUGAAUGACGUGGUGACUUGGAAUGAUAUCCACCAUAAGACUUCCAGGACAGCAGGAGAUUUUGGCUAUCCUGACCCCGGGUACCUGGACCGAGUCACUGGUGAAUUGGCAGCACGCGGGAUCGAGUAGCGCACCAAUCGACAUCUGGCCAAUGCAGGAUCAGUGUUCGUGUCUUCGAUUUGUCGUCAGGGUGCUGAAGUCGAGACCCUGGGUCGACACAGUGUUUCAUCAGCACUAUUGCACUGGUUUGUGCGGCCACCUAUAUCAAUCUUUUUGUUUCUCUCAUGUCUUUUUAUGUUAGAUGUACCCUUGGCACUUUGGGCUGUGUAGUGUUUCAAAUGCUUUCUUGUAACAUGUAUGGUAUGUUUCCCCUUCCCUUCCCUUCCACUUUCGGUUGGCAUUCUUUCCUGGCCGGUGGCUGGGUGUAGUUGGCACACAAUAGAGUGCUUAAGGCGUGUGUUAUGACAGUAUCUGUACCUGUGUUAUCUUGUAACUGUAGCAUUGUUAGACUGGUUAUCUUCUGCGCCGCAUUGUGCAUUGAACUACGGUAGUCAGUACAUGAUUAUGUGUAUAGGUGCUUAGUUAUCUGCUCAAUGCCUACUCUCACAUGAUGUUGUCAAAAAUUUCCUGUACCAACCA